UUUCUUAAAUCAAAAGGCUUUCAUUGUUGCACUCUAUCCAUCUCCCUCUCUUCAGAUUCAAAUUUCAACCCAAUUGCACCAUCCGCCUCUUCCUCCCUUUCUUCCGUCUGAUUCUCCAUAUGGAUCCAGAGGCUGCACGAACGGCUCGGGAAUCGCUAGACCUUGCAUUUCAUAUGUCUAAUGUACUCGAUGCCGGGAUCGAUCGCCACACCCUCUCUGUCCUUAUUGCACUUUGUGACAUGGGUGUGAAUCCUGAAGCACUGGCUGCUGUUGUCAAGGAACUAAGCAGAGAACCGCCCUCAUCGGAAACCAUCACCUCGGGUAACAAGUCAUAACCUAUGUAAAGAAACAACUCUUUUCUUCUUCUGAUGAUGGUUGCUAAAGUUCAUAUCUAUGUGUUUUUAAACCACGUAGCUUACUUGGAUCUUGUGAGAUGAGAUGGGUUGAUGUUCAUAAUGUGAAGUAUUCACUCUCUUGUGUUCA